AUGAAUUCUUCAAACGUUAGUGGAGCCAAAUGUUUGUUUGAGAACGCCAGUCAUUCGUCAACAGUUUUGGUUAUUACUGGCUUCGCCGUGGUUCUGUUUUUUUCUCUAAUUGGUAAUUUUUUACUGAUACGAGUGGUGCUAUACGACAAAGAAUCAAGAAAGAAAUUUCCUUUCAAUUAUCUCAUACUCAACAUGGCGAUAGCGGACAUUCUCAACGCCUCGUCAGCGGCGCUUGUGUUUAUCUCUUUCCUCACGGUCGGUCGACAUUGGUUGUCUGGUACCUUUGGGUUGAUAACUUGCAAGCUAUCAUACUUUUCAGUGACGUUCUCGGUAGCAGCGUCUAUAUUGACCGUUGUCACGAUGGGAUUAGAUCGCUUCAUGGCAGCGCACGCGACCAUAAGGCCGCUCACACUAAAAGGAAUUAGAUGCGCUAUUGUGGUGAUUUGGCUUUUGGCCGGACUAUCGGCCUCACCGUAUUUGUACAGAAUGACAACAGAGGAAAAGUCAGACGGAAAAUGCUAUUGCAUUGGAAAAUGGCACGAAGAUGAUAAGAAGCACUUUCAGUACAUGAAAAUUGAGGAAACAACAAAGUUUGCAGUCCUCUAUGUGCUUCCACUUACAGCCAUGGUGUUCUUCUAUGCCAUCAUCGCAUGCAAAAUCCGCGAACGGAGCAAUCUUCCCGUAGGAAACGACAGAAGAUACAAAAUCAUGCAGAUGAAUCAACGAGUCGUACGCAUGAUCACGGCUAUAGUUGUAAUAUUCGCUGUAUGUUGGUUGCCCGUACAUGUCAAUCAUUUGCUGCGAUCAUUUGCGUUUUCUACAUAUUGCAAAUUACCCGCCAUCCUUCUUCUUUCGUUUUUUUGGCUGGGUCAUGCAAACUGUGCAAUAAACCCGUGGGUUUGGUUUAUGUUCAGUGGUCAUUUCCGUGGGUUACUCAAACAAGUAACAAACGCGAGUUCUGGGAAGAUACAAAGUGAUCACGUGCCUCUUAGCCCAAAACAAACUUCAAGAUAA